AUGCGUAAACAAAAUCAAGAUUUACUCAGGCAGAAAUAUAUGUCAAUAAAGACUCUUUCAUUGAACAAUUUAACUGCAAAACAACAUAUGUUAAUGGCACUAUGCAGAGAUGUCUCAUUAUUACCACCUUUAUAUUAUACAUUCACAUCACUUAAAAGAUGUUUCCAUGUUAUGAUGGAUUCUCCAAACGUUAAACUUUAUGAACCACAAUCUUUUAGAGAAACUUUAACAAGAUUUUGGCAAACUUAUAUGUUAAAUAAUAAUUUAACAGCAAUAUCAUCAGCCGCAUUAGUCAAUUCAAGUCAUAUAUCAUCAUCAUCAUCAUCAUCAGUAACUUCAACAACAUCCUUAAUCGAAGCAUCCAUCUCUACCAUUAAUGCAUCUGAAUCAUUUAUAACAAAUAUUGAUACUCCAGGUAAUUUAGUAAUAAAUAGUUUAGUGACAGCAAGAGCCUCUGAAUAUUUAUUUUGUGCUAUAUGGUGUCUAGUAGCAUUAUAUUUAUCCUAUGCAAUAUUAGAUUCUUUAAUGGUUAGAUGGAUUGUCAAAUAUUCCACUGUGGCUGCUAUAUUAAGAAUGUUUUCAAUGUCAUUAAUAUUUGUCUCUUUUGAAUUAUUAUUAUUAAAUUCAUUAUCUCCUGAAAAUAAUUAUUUUCUACAUACUUGGAUACUUAUUAGUUGUAUUUUAACAUGUGGUUAUAUAUGGCAAAGUUAUUUAACAUCUGAUUUAAAUUAUAUUAGAAGAAAGAAACCUGAUUUAAACAACACAAUUGAUAGUAACAAUAGUACUACUAAUAGUAUUGAUAAUCAUUUGGAUUCGAAUACAACAAUUGCUGAUUCAAUUUCAAAUUCUCCUAUGCUUUCAGAUUCAGAUUCAGAUUCAGACUCAGAUUCAGAUUAUGAAUUUUCUGAUAACGAUAAUAAUAACAAUAAUAAUUCACCCAUAGACGAAAUUUCAACUAGAACAGAUGACAUAAGUAAUAAUACUACCAAUAGAAGGAAAAAAAAGAAAAAUUUACAAAAGAAAUUAGAUCUAACAGGUUUUAAAUUUACUACGAAGAGAACAAUAGAUCUCUAUAAUAUUACCGUAUUUUGUGUAGUCCCCGUUGGACUAGCAAGCUUCAUUACAAUGGUAGGUCUAUUAAGAAACUUAUUCAUUCAAAGGCUUGAUGUGGAACAACUAGCUAGAAUCAUUCAAGAAUCGGUGCAUUGA